AUGAGCAUCCUUCCUAUAUCCUCCAGCAACCCGCCUCGUCCCCCCUUGCUCCCCGCAUCAAUUCCCUUCUUCCUCCCACCCCCCUUCUCUCCGCCUCAUUCCCCCCUUUCUCCUCGCCUCAAUCCCUCCUGCUUCUCGCCUCGUCCCCCCUUGCUCCCCUCCGCAUCCCCCUUGCUACCCGCCUCAUUUCCCCCUUCUCUCCGCCUCAUUCCCCCCUUUCUCCCCGCCUUAUUCCCUCCUUCUUCCUGCCUCGUCCCCCCUUGCUCCCCACCUCAUAAGUCCCUUGUUCCCCGCCUCAUUCCCCCUUGCUACCCGCCUCAUUCCUCCUUGCUACCCGCCUCAUUUCCCCUUGCUACCCGCCUCAUUCCCCCGUUCUCUCCGCCUCAUUCCCCCCUUUCUCCUCGCCUCAGUCCCUCUGGAUUCCCGCAUUGUCCCCCCUUGCUCCCCUCCUCAUUCCCCCUUGCUCCCCGCCUCAUUCGCUACCCGCCACAUUCGCCCUUGCCCCCGCCUCAUUCCCCCUUGCUACCCGAAUCAUUCCCCCCUUCUCUCCGCCUCAUUCUCCAUUUCUCCCCGCCUCAUUCCCUCCUGCUUCCCGCCUCGUCCCCCUUUGCUCCCCUCCUCAUGAGCCCCUUGCUCCCCGCCUCAUUCCCCCUCGCUACUCGCCUCAUUCCCCCUUGCUCCCUGCCUCAUUCCCCCUUGCUACCCGCCUCAUUCCUCCCUUCUCUCCGCCUCCCCCUUGCUCCCCGCCUCAUUCCCCCUUGCUACUCGCCUCAUUCCCCCUUGCUCCCUGUCUCAUUCCCCCUUGCUACCCGCCUUAUUCCCCCCUUCUCUCCGCCUCGUUCCCCCCUUUGCUCACUGCCUCAUUCCCUCCUGCUUCCCACCUCGUCCCCCCUUGCUCCCCUCCUCAUGAGCCCCUUGCCCCCCGCCUCAUUCCCCCUUGCUACUCGCCUCAUUCCCCCUUGCUCCCUGUCUCAUUCCCCCUUGCUACCCGCCUCAUUCCCCCCUUCUCUCCGCCUCAUUACCCCCUUCUCUCCGCCUCGUUCCCCCCUUUGCUCACUUCCUCAUUCCCUCCUGCUUCCCGUCUCGUCCCCCCUUUCUUCCCUCCUCAUGAGCCCCUUGCUCCCCGCCUCAUUCCCCCUUGCUACCCGCCUCAUUCCUUCUUGCUAUCCGCCUCAUUCCCCCUUGCUACCCGCCUCAUUCCCCCUUGCUACCCGCCUCAUUUCUCCCUUCUGUCUGCCUCAUUCCCCCAUUUGCUUACCGCCUCAUUCCCCCCUUCUCUCCGCCUCAUUCCCCCCUUUGCUCACCGCCUCAUUCCGCCAGUCUCUCCGCCUCAUUCCCCCCUUCUCCCCGUGUCAUCCCCCUUGCUACACGCUUCAAUCCCCCUUGCUCACCGCCUCAUUCCCCCUUUUCUCCCCUCCCCCUUCCCCACCUUCAACCUCCUUCAACGUUUUGCCCGAAAAUAAUCAGACCACUUCCUUAGAUUGUGGCGGUACUGACGGCGCCACUUGA